CCAGUGGAGUCCCCCUUUGCUGCCGCUGGUUAGAAAGAAUGCAGGUUUAAAGCACUUCCGUUUCCGCAUUGGCUUCACUUUUCAGAAACGGAGGACCCGUUAUUUUUUCAGUUCAUGGACGUUAAUGUAACAUUUUGGUCGCCUAAAUGUCUUGUUCAGCGUUCGGUUGCAAACAAAGACAAUAUCAGGGGUGUUCUAUUAAUUUCUUCCGAUUUCCUUUACGUGACCGCCGCAGGCUGAAACAAUGGGUGAUGAACGUGAGGAGACAGAACUGGACCCCAACUCCAGCCUCACGUCUGUGCAGUAUGCACUUUGAGGAGGAUCAGUUCCUCAUAGACAACAUGUUCAGAAGGAGGCUGAAGGACACCGCUGUGCCGACUAUUUUCAACUUUCCGCCACAUUUGAGGAAAAAGGAUCCCCCUCCCAGGCCCACGCUGAACAGCUCUACUGGGGGGGUAAACAACCCUUUGGUUUCUCCUGCUGAUCAUUACAUUGUGGUUAUGAAGCAAGAACCUGCAGAGGAGACUAAUGUCGAUGUGAAGCAAGAGCCUGCUGAGGGGACCAAUUUCGUUGAAUAUGGCGACAUUGUUAGAAUCACAGUCGGUGAGGUCAUCACUGAUGACAUGAGUGAGUACACCACAAACGGAGAUUUAAAAACCGUUAUGCAUGAUCAUAUAUACUUUGGCCAAGAAGAGGAGGACAUCUCUUUGAGCUCUGAGCACAUCUACGUUUCUGAGCCUCCCACGACACUCGGACAUAAAGCAAAUAUAGAACAAUCCGCUGUAGCCGUUUCUGAGGCUCCCCCGACACUCACAAGUCAAGCAAACGUAUUACGUGGUCGGCUAGUUUUAGCUGUCUCUGAGUCCCAUACAACACUCCCAAGUCAAGAAAAUGUAUUCCAUGGUCAGCUUGUUUUAGCUGUUUCUGAGUCCCCCACAUCGCUCACAAGUCAAGCAAACGCGGCCCACAAUCAGCCUGUUGUAGCUGUUUCCGAGUCUCCCACAACACUCGCACAUAAAGCAAGUGCAGAACACGAUCACCUUUCGUUAGCUCUCUCCGAUUCUCCCGCAAAACUCAAACAUCAAGUAAGGGUCCUACACGAGAAGCUUGUCGUAGCCCGCAAAAAGUUUAAGCUGAAGUGUCAGCAGACGAGGAGAAUGCAAUCAAAACUCGUGUCCUUGAAAGAGGAGACAAAGGCUCUUCAGACAAAGUUGGACGACGCUGAAAAGCAGAUGGCUGCGCUAUCGCAGCAGUCCAACAAUGGAGGUAAACGCAGGAAAGCAAAAGCACUCCCAAAAGAAGCAAAGCAUCCACUUAAGCAGCAACUGCUUCCUACUGCCCUGAUCGAAAUCACUUUCCCUGCGCCAACUUCCACACAACAGGACUUAAAGUGACCUAGAUGAACAAAAUGAACAACAACAUGAUGGGGAUCGUUGGACUGUCAGCAGGAAGCGCACAGAGAUCAGGCUGGGGUAAAAGGACCAGUCAGACAAACAGUAGCAGAGUCUGUUUGAGACUAUGAGGGAGACACUGUUAUUGCCACUCAUUUCAGAGUGAUCAGUUAAGAGGGAAAGUCCAUGAGGUAAAGCUAACUGUGUGCAAGCUAACAAAAGUGUCAAAAGAAAACCGUGUCCUUCCUCUGUCACAUAAAUAAAGAGGAAUAAAGGGACUGAGUUUA